AUGAAUUAUCUGCUUUCUCCUCCAUUUUUGAUUCCCUCCAUUGCCUUGAUACUGCUGAGUUUCAUCCUCAAUGGCUUGAUGAUCAAAGCAAUGAUCUGCGAGUGGGCACACCGGAGAAGGUUGUCUCCCAGAGAUCAAAUCCUGCUGAGCCUGAGUGCAUCUAACCUCGCUUGCACCAUUCUAGAUUUGCAAAUUAACUUUGUCUUUGAGAGUGCUUUUGUGGUGCGGAUUCUGUACGUCUGGGAAACCUUCGCUGUCCAGUGCCGAUGUUGGUUUACGGCUUGGCUGUCUAUCUUCCUUUGCAUCAAGAUUGUGAGCUGCAACCACUACCUCUUCCACCUCUGCAAGCUGAAGAUCUCAGCGUGGGUCCCUUGGGGUCUUCUGGGAUCCAUGAUCAUCUCCUUAUUCCCUUCCUUCCCUGCUUUCUGGAACUUUACUAUAGUUUGCCAGAGGAAUGCAACAGGCGAGCUUUCAGACCUGGCCGAAAAUCUCAGACUGAGGGCGAAUGUUCCUUACUUUGUCCUUCUGCUUGGCCUUUUUUUACUUCCUCUUUUGUUGGUCCUCCUCUGCUCCAUCCUGACCGUUGCCUCGCUCUUCAGGCACGUUUGCCGCUUGACGGGUCAAGGACCGCAGUUCACCCAUUCCCAAAUGAAAGCUCAUGUCAAAGCAGCCAUAGCUUUGCUUACUUUCUUUUUCUUUUACCUUUUCCUUACCAUGGUAGACAUCUUGAUGAUGUUUGAGCCAUACUUUACUAACCCCAGCAUCUUACUGACCCACACCCUGGCCAGUCUGUUUUUUGCUCCAGUUCAAGCCGCCAUCCUCAUCGCGGUCAACCCCCAACUCAGACAGGAAGUUGCCUGCCUGCUGCCAUGUUGGCUUCUCCCAGAACCGAGACCUUUUUCUCCUUCCACCUGA